UUCAGUGUCCCAUCAAGUGUUGCCCAGAUGCGGCUGUGAUAGACCCAUGAAGAUGUGGGUCUCCAACACAGUUCAAAACCGGAAUCGAAAGUUCUGGAAAUGUCGCAAUGCUGGGACUGGCAAUAGUUGCGAAUUGUUCUUAUGGGAUGAUGAAAAUGGAGACUCCAUGAAAGACAAUACAGUGAUUCAUCCAUGUUGCAAGAAGUGUGAGGUACUUCAAAUUCAGUUGGAAUCAGUGACAAAGAAAGUGGUGAAAUUGAAGAUUAAGCUUGAAGCCCAGAAAAGGAAAACUUUGCAGCUCCAGAUUGCUAUAUUUAUGUGUUGUUUGAUAGUUGGUUUAUUGUAUAAUUUCAUGUAAUGAAAGCAAUAAGUAUGACAUUGUGAAUUUUGGUGUCAGUAAUAGGUUAAUUAUCUAUGUAUUUUGAGUCAAGGUGGUUCUGUGCAUUUUGAUCUAGGUUGGUUCUAUGUACUUUGAAAAGAAUGUUGGUUCUAUGUAGUUUGAA